AUGAAUAAUAUUUUUUUAUUAAACGAUUAUAUAACUAAUGGUUAUAGAUUAGAAUUUGUAGAUUUUAUUUAUAUAAUUUCUAUUUUAUUUGGUAUAUUUACUAUUAUUAGUAGAAAUCCUAUUGUAUCUGUAUUAUUUUUAAUAGGUUUAUUUGUUAAUAUAGCAGGAUUAUUAAUAUUAGUAGGAUAUGAUUAUAUAGGAUUAUCUUAUAUAUUAGUAUAUGUAGGUGCUGUUUCAAUUUUAUUUUUAUUCAUAUUAAUGUUAAUUAAUAUUAGAAUUUCUGAAUUAGUUAGUGAAACUAAUAACGAUAUACCUUUAGCUGUUAUAACUGUAUUACUUUUUUAUUUUAUAAUAGGACAAGUAAUACCUAGUAAUUUAACAGAUAAUACUAUAGUUACUAGUUUAUCAAAUUCAUUUUCUGAAGUAUAUAAUGUACAAUUAGAUAAUGAAAUAUUAAAUAUAAUAGAUUUAAAACAAGAAAUAGCUUAUGCUAGUAGUAAAAGUUGAGAUAAUUCAUUAAUAGAAUUUACUCAUAUAACAGGUAUAGGUAAUAUUAUGUAUACUAACUAUUCAUUAUGAUUAAUAAUAAGUUCAGUAAUAUUAUUAGUAGGUAUGGUAGGUGCAAUAGUUAUAACUAUUAAACAAAAGUAG